AUGUUCGCGGAGGGCCAGGCAUUUGGCGGAAUCAAGAUCCCACACCGUUACGACCGCGUUCCGCCGGUUUCUGCGGACCGUAUCGACCUACAGCGAUAUCCGCCGGUGCAUGAGCGCUUCGAUCAAAGCCUGGCACUCAAGCACAAUGUCAAGGUCGUCGACGAGAAAAGUGAGGCGAAACCGACUGAGCAACUUUCAUAUUUGCCCGUCGACAAGGCGUGUGGCUCAAAGAAAUCGUGUUUCCAAGACUGCAAGCCGGAUGGAUGUAAAUUUAUUGCAUCCUGGGUAAAUUCUCGUGAUCACGUGACAUUUGACAUCCGUGCUAUGUUGCCCGGCGACAAUAACCAAUGGAUUGCCUUGGCAUUUUCUAAGGACGACAAGAUGGGUGAUGAUAGCGUUGUGCAAUGUGUUGCAAACGAUGACGGAAUCGUUGACGUCAAGCAUUCCUUUAAUGACGGCAAAAAUAACAUCAAAAUCAAACAGCCGAAACUUGGUCUACUAAAUAGCUCGGCGAGUUUUGUGGACGGCGUGUUCGUCUGUUCAUUCCAAAGGCAGCGUUUUGUUCCGGAAGACGAGCGAAUAUUCGACCUUGACCAGCAGUGGACGCUUCUCUUUGCUCAUGGGAAAUCCAAGAAAGGUAUAAUGUUACCGCACACAAUGGCGGAGAUUCCCCACGUCUCCGACAACGCCGUAGAUUUUGUUCGGAGCACCCCCAGUCUUAUCACAGCACCGUCACUGUUCAUUAAGAUUCAUGCCGCCCUGAUGAUAUUCGGUUGGAUCCUUUGCGCCUCUGUGGCCAGCGUUAUCGGCCGCUACUUCCAGCCGUACUACUGGGGUGAGAAGAUGUUCGGAAGCAAGCUCUGGGUGAAGGUUCACUGGCUCUUCGUCCUGCUUACCACCGGUGCCGUUAUCGGCGGCUUUGCCAUCAUCUUCGUCGGGGUCGACGGCAUCAGUUUGCUCUACGAGAAUCCGGUGUCCAACUUUAAUGGCGCUCAUCCGAUCAUGGGGCUGGUAGUGGCGCUCUUGGCGCUACUCAAUCCCCUGUUGCUAUGUCUGCGCCCCUCUGAGGACUCGUCCAGCCGGGCAUUCUUCAACUGUCUCUACUGGAUCGUGGAGAUCGGGGCCCACGUGCUAGCAGUGGUAACCAUCUACGCCGGGUUCGGUCUGGCAAGUUUCCUCGUGCCGUCCUUCUUCACGUUCCUCAUCAUCGGCUUCACAGUCUACCAGAUCCUUAUCCUGCUCUUCCUGGAGGCACUCAAGAGCUAUGACGCCAAGAAAACGAUAGAGCGGAAGAAGCAGUACCUAUACGAGAUGCAGGUGCGACCAUGGGCCGCCCGGAAGAACAACAGCAUCGAGGCCUAUCUAGACCUCAACCACACGAGCAAGGCGCUGAAGCAGACUUUGCUUGCCGCGCACCUGAUCCUUCUCUCCGCCCUUACCACCACCAUGGUCGUACUGAUCGUCAUGAACGACUACGAGUACGCGCUGUGAGCUGCCGCGCACUUUCGGUACUGCUUACGAAACACGUUACGUUGCGUCGAUGCGUGGGCACCGGUCGUCGCAUCGUCAGACUUUAUUUCUCAUAUAACUAACAUCAUACUUUCGUUACCAGAAAUUUCUGUACACAGAACAUAUGCUUACACUUUACCGAUUUUUAAACACAACUUUCAUUGAUGAUAUAAGUAGAGAUGUUAGAAAAGUAUAUGUUCAACCAACUGGAUUUGUGUGCAAAAUUUCACUCGCAUUGUGAAAACAACGAACAAGAAAGAUUUGCAAUAUUAUAUAAUAAUCAAAUAGAGAAAAAAGGAAGAUGAUUACACGAAAUAUGUUUCGGUCACUUAUUCAUCUGUCUUGGAACAUAUCAUUUGCAAAUUUGCUUGAACACCAACAGACACUAAGGGAAUCGACGAAUGCAGCCCUUUAAGACCAGUUUUCUAUUCUAGAACAUUCAGCAAGCUAUUUUAACGGUGACUGUGUUUCAAAGAUUAGUCUACAUCGUAUGUGUAUAUAAUUUAUGUAGUGUUGUCAAAUACGUUUUCCGUGUUCAGUAGCAAUUUCUCAUUAUUUCUCGGACAAGUGAUAUGUGGAUCUCCACAAUUGAACGGAAACUGUUGAAAUUUUAGAAAAAUAAUACAGUAAAAUGCACAGAACAAAAUCAACAGUAAAAGUCAUUGUUUUGUUACUUUAGAAAAGUGAUGUCAAAAGAACUGAAACUUUGCCCAAAAAUAUGUUUGCAUAUAGAAGGACCAUAUUGGUAUGGUAACCUAUUACCCUUUUACAUGCAUAGUUUGUGUUUUAAAGGGGCCUUUUCACAGAUUUUGGCAUUUUUUAACUUAUUCAUUAAAUUCUUUAUAUCGAUAAAUGUAAACAUUGGAUCGUAAUAGCUCCAGUAAAAAAUCAAGAAUAAAAUUAAAAAAAGGAAAAGAACAUUGCCCGGACCAGGUUUCGAACCAGUGACCACCGGAGUCCUGCCAGAGUCCUGAAGUAAAAACGCCUUAGCCUACUGAGCUAUUCCGCCGUGUACAUAUACUUGAAGUAUUUUAUACCUUAUAUAAGCAAUCUUCGUAGUUUCACAAAAUUUAACGACAAAAACAGAACUCUCCAAAUUAUUCAAUCGUUUCGCGUUGCAACGCUUUAUAAUUUUUAGGUUUUAAAAUCGUCAAAAGAUGCAUAUAAUGGCUAUAUUAGACCAUGGUAAAUGUUCAGUAUUGCUGUUUCCUCACAAAUAUCA